UCUUCAGUCAUUUGGGUCGGGCUACCAUUGCCCAGCUAACAGCUAACAUUGACCCGGAUACUAAUGUUCAGUCGUACAGUGUGUGCCUCUGCCUCUGCGCGUGUCUGUGAACGGUGCUGGCUCUUCAUAUCGAUAAAGCGUGCUUGAUUUAAUUCAUAAGACAUGAUUUUUGAUGGGGAAGAAAACGACCCUUUCCCUGUAGAGGAUUGCCUUUUUGCCGAAACCUUUUGUCAGGACACUGUUUACAGUUUAUGCGGGCAGGACCUGAAGAUAAGACAGGUGUUUGGGGGAAACCUCGGCGUGGCUGCCCCGGUGUGGGAAUCUGCGUUACAGUUGUGUUGUUACUUUGAAGAGCAGUCGUUGGAGUUAAGAGGAAAGCGCAUAAUUGAGCUGGGAGCAGGGACCGGUGUGGUCGGUAUUUUGGCAGCACGCAUGGGUGCAGUGGUGACGCUCACAGACCUUCCUUUGGUUCUCCCUCAACUUCAGUCGAACAUCUCUGCAAACAUGCCACCCAGUGGUUGGCCUAACACCUAUCCAACAGUCCUCCCUCUAUCCUGGGGUGAGGACCAAAUGAACUUCCCCUCUGACUGGGAUCUGGUCCUUGGUGCAGACAUCGUUUACCUCUCGGAGACUUACCCUCUGCUUGUAGAAACACUGGCUCAUCUGUGCCAGAGUGGGAGCCUGGUAUAUUUGUCAUCUAAAAUGAGGAAAGAGCAUGGGACUCAAAGAUUCUAUGAAGACUAUUUGCCUGGCAAGUUUAAUGUGGAGCUUGUGCACCAUGAUGAAAUACAAAACAUUAAUAUAUACAGAGCAUCUCUAAAGUAAGACUCCCAACAGAGGGAACAACCGACCACAAUCCUGAGACAUGAUUGGUUUAUGUGCUGAGACCAGUUAUGACUGAUUUAUUUGGUGCAUUUGUAAGAGUAUGAAGAGUUUGCAUUGUUUGAGAUGCACUUAAAAGAGGGAUGUUGAUUAAUAGUUUCUUGGGGUUUA